AUGUCAGAAUACGUUCUCAAAGAAGUGAGUAGCCGUGAAGAGCACGACGCACUAAUUGACCUCACGUUCCAAGUCUGGAAUGAUCCUUCCAUCACUUCGAUCAUCCGUAUCAAUCAUGGGCCAUUUCUAGGCGAAGGUAUCGCAGAUAUUGAAGCCACCAUCGAAGUUGACAAAGAACGAUCAUGGGCAGCAUUUCGAAACGAUGAUGCAAGUCGCAAAACAAUUGUAUAUCACGUUCCAAUAGGAGAAGUUGUUGGAUCAAUUUGUUGGAAAGUGUACUCAAUUGCACCGUUCCCUGCCGGAGCGACGAGAAUUGAGCUGCCGUGGUGGCCGAGUGACGAUAUAGAAGGCAAAGAGUGUGCAGAAGAGAUUUUGACUCAGUGCUUUUACCCAAGGGCAAGCUGGAUGAACACCCCAAUGAUUGCAAUGGACGACACAAGCGUUCGACGAGACCAUCAAAAGAAAGGCGUCGGAUCUCUAAUGUUAGACUGGGGUAUGAAGCUUGCCGAUGAACUGAACGUAGAGUGCUACGUCGAGGCCACCGAUGCUGGUAGAAAUUUGUAUCAGAAGUUUGGUUUCAUGACACUCAUGAAAGUUCUAGUGGACGCAGAAAAUGGUACCAGAGAGCGGCAUGAAAUGAUUCAAAAGUUGACUCCCCAACCUACUGAGUACUGGGCUAUGUGGAAGCCGAAGGGAGGAGAAGCUAAGGAGGGAUCGCCUAGGACCAUCUGGGAAGCGAUUCAGAAGAGGAAUAGUCAAGGGUCAUGA